GCAGGACAAAUUUCCAUGUAGAAAUAGUCACAUAAUGAGAAUUUGCAAAUAAUAUCAAAUGGGUUUAGCCCAUCUAACGCACAUCAGGCAAAAGCAGGGGCGGAGCUACCUAUCGGCCACCAAGGACCAUCACCAUCGUCGGUCAGACGCCAUGUUAGCUACUAGCCAGGACCCAGGAUACCCAAGUCACAGUGGCAUGGACUCACUGGGAGUCGGCAACACGCAAGUUGGAGACGGUGACUGUUGCUACGGUGGUGGAUGCGUUACAGUUUACACACACCUUCUUGGAAAUUUCCGGUCUACGCGGUGGCGAGGUGGUCGAAUUUGUUCCGCCUAGCUGCCUUAUCGGCAGGCGCCGCGUCGAACCGCCAGUUGUUUCCUUCUCCAAUCCGCCAGUUGUUGGCACGGCGCCUGGCCUGACCGAGCCGACCGCUCCUCCUCCCGAUCAUCCCACACUCCCGUCCUCUCCUCCCGGCGGCGCCCGAACCCCCGAACUCAAGGCUGCUCCGGGCUCCGGCUUGGUUGCCGGCGGGCGGCGUCGACCGAGCAGCGGAGCGCCCGGGGGCCGCGGCGGCCGCAGCUGUGCGGCAGCGGCAUUCCUCAGCGGCUCAGCAGUGAGCAGUCAGCAAGACAACCACCGACCCGAAACACCGAGAUAAGCGAGUUGUUGUUUGGAACUCAUCGAGACAAGACUUAGCUUGCUGGUGAUCGUCGAGGGAUUAGAAGAGAUCGGGAAACAAUCGUCUGGUGGUACAAGAAAGAUCGUGCUGAGCGGCAGCUAGAAAUGGCCGACAUCGCACUGGGCAGCUUGGAGAGGAUCAUCAAAGUUGCACUCAAGAUCAAGAAAGCCGUGAGGACGGUCCAGCAGAACGAGGAGGAGUGCCAAGCUCUUGAGAAGGAGGUGGCCAUAGUCAUCGCCAUCCUGUCGCCGCUGCAGGUGAUGAGGGCGGUGACCCCGGCGAUGACCUUAGCUCUGAUGGGUCUGGAGGAGAACAUCGAUAGCGCCCUCGAGCUCGUCAGAAAGUGCCAGGAGAAGCACACCUUCGUGCACCGUCUCGUCACGGCGAAUGACAUGGCUAGGCAGCUGGCUCGGGUGAAGGCCGAUAUACACGGGAAUGUCACCAUGUGUACCUUCGCCAUCACCGGUCAGCUGGCCAUCACUGUGGAGUACCGCACCGUUACUGCUCAUCUUCUUCAGCUACAUCAGGACGCUGGGAAGCUGGAUAUGCCAUACAACGGUCAUGCCAGAUCUGGCGUCAACAGCGAGAUAGCAAUGUCUGCGACAGGAAGCGAGGUGCCCUAUGCUCCCAUAUCGGGAAUAACAGAGCUUACUUUUUCCAAGUUGGAGGCAACUACACAGAACAUUUCGUGGGGAAACCUCGCCGGAGGAGGAAUAAAGCAAAUGAUUGUAAUCAAGAUUCAGAUGACCGGCAACAAGGCACGUUGUACGGCUAUGGAGUUAGCCGCCGGGGCUGACGGAGUAAUAUCGACUGGGAUAGCAGGCGACAUGAGGGACAGGCUGAAGGUGGUCGGCCACGGCCUGGACGCCGUCCGCCUUGUGCAAUGCCUGCGCAUGGAGUUGGGCCACGCGGAAAUCCUGCAGGUGGAGGGGGUCAAGGCCAAAGAGGCACGGCCGGAGCCGGUGGUGGUGGUGAACACCGAAGAGGCGCGGCCGGCAGACGACGGAAUCCGGGCAAUUUUUACCAAAUUGUUGUCCAAAUUCAUGUGGUCGCGCACUCGAGGAAGUAUUUCUCGUCCACCACUGCCGCCGGCUGCAUCGAGUGCCCCGCGCUCCCAUCUCUCCUCGGAUGUGUCGCCGUCCUCCACAGCCGUCAGCGCGGCCUCGCCGCCCUACAGGGCGGCGGCCCGGCGCGACGUCGACGGCGCACCUUCAACAUGUCCAGGGUCCGCCUGAGCGCGCCCCGGUUGGCCGCGCCCGCAACGCGCCGUCUCCCGACGCCGCCGGAGCUCGGGGUGCCGAGUGAAGGGCCUGCUCGUGCUCUCCAAGAGUGCGUUCGACGGCCCGCUUCCUCCGGCGGUGAUCGCGGCGGCGCUCACGGGAGCCCUCUUUCUGGUUGAAAUGCUGUGUCUCCAUCAGCUGUGAAAUUUGGACGCAACACAUAAAAGUAUCUGGAAUCA